AUGUUCGCUGUGUGGGUUUGGGAAGAGACUGACACAGAAUGGUUGCAGGUUGCAGAACAUAGACGAAUAAUGUUCGCUGUGGUGUUUGUGACGAGACUUACACAGAAUGAUUGCGAGUUGCAAAGCAUAGACAAAUACUGUUUACUGUGUGGUUCUGGGACGAGACUGGCUCAGAAUGGUUGCGGGUUGAAGAGCAAAGACGAAUACUGUUCGCUGUGUGGGUUCGGGCAAGACCGACACAGAAUGGUUGCGGUUUGCGGGUUGCAGAGCAAAGACGAAUUCUGUUUGUGGGCUUGUGACGAGACUGACACAGAAUGGUUGCGGGUUGCAAAGCAAAGACGAAUAAUGUUCGCGUGUGGGUUUGUGACGAGACUGACACAGAAUGGUUGCAGGUUGCCGGUUGCAAAGAAAAGACGAAUACUGUUCGCUGUGUGGGCGAACUCAUUGGCGACCAUUCUUACGUUUGCGUGGCUGAUGACGUUAUGUCAGUGCCAGAUUGCAAGUGACGCCAAAGGACUGCAUACGGAGCUUUUUACUACCAAUGAUUACAACUACAGAAUUCGUCCUACGAACAACCAGUCCAUUGCCAUUGAUGUGUAUAUCGAAUUCUACCUUUUGGCCAUUAACGAUUUGAGCGAGACCACCGAAACGCUCAAAACCACAGGAUUCUUGUCGGUGAAUUGGAACGACGCCUUUCUACAGUGGACCCCGAGUGACCAUGGAGGCAUCGACCUUUACCAUUGGCCACAGAACGAGGUUUGGAAACCGGACAUUGCGCUGAAAAACUCGUAUCUCGAUUACAAGUCACUUGGAGUGGAUGAGCUUAACGUUGAGAACUAUUAUGAUGGUAGCAUGAAUUGGUUCCCAUUUCAGGUUUUCCAGACAACGUGUUCCAUUGACAUUACUUACUUCCCAUUCGACAAGCAAACUUGCAACUUGGAGUUCCAAGCAUGGAGUUACACUAAAAGCCAGGUAAAUAUGCUGAGCGGGGCGAAAGGUAUCGAGCUGUGGAAUUUCCAGAAGAACUCCGCCUGGAAUGUUAUUGACACAAGUUGGAGCACCAACGUCGAAACAUACGAAGCCACAAUAAGCUUUACGCUAAUAGUGGAACGUAAACCUAUGUACUUUAUCCUGUCGGUUAUUCUACCUAUAUCCAUGCUGGCCAUCUUGAACAUUUGCGUGUUCUUGCUGCCUUGUGAGAGUGGAGAAAAAGCCAGCUACGCGAUGACGGUGUUUCUCGCGUUCGCUGUAUUUAUGACGAUCGUGUCCUCCACUCUGCCGCAGAAUUCCGAUUCAGUCGCGAUAAUUUCAGUGUUUCUCAUAAUUCAGACAGUCACGAGUACUUUGAUUACGAUUGUUGCCCUGGGCAUGCUGCGACUGAAUAGCUUCGGGGAGGAGGUGAAGAUUCCUGGGUGGUUUGCUGCAGUCAUGCGGGUUUUUAAGUGUCGAACCUGUCGGCAGAAACGGGAUCAAGUUGCGCCAAUCGAAGACGCUAACGAAGAGAUGAAAACUGACUUUGAUAAGAAAGUUACACAUAGAAGUGAUCAGAAAUCAGUUGAACCAGAGUUUACAUGGAAAGAAGUUGUUAACUUUCUAGAUGUAGUAUUUUUUGUAGUUUUUACACUUGUUUUGCUUCUAUCGUCCGUUAUCACUUUUACAUUGGCGUCAAGCGGCUAA